AUGGAGCUCAAAGUAGGACUUAGCACUGAUUCCGACAAUGAAAGGACUGUGUAUGGCGACUGCGGUCAGGUUGGCGAGAGGGCAGCCUGGGAAUUCAAAUUUAACGAGGCAUCAGACGAAAAGGUCUACUUUAAAAUCUACAACCCUAACGAUAACCAAUUUCUGAAAUCUGGCAAUUCAGCUGAUAGAUUCGAUGACCAUCCGAUUUACUCAUCUACUAACUCUGACACAUUCAGACACCAGUGGUACCUUGAGCCAGUGGUGUACAAUAAGAGCUCCUAUUCUACGUCAUCAACCGGGCGUACAGCCAGCCCCUGA